UUGUAAAGAUAAAAAUUUAACAAGCUACAAUAAAAAAUUAGUCCAUCAGUCUGGCAACGCCUGCGACUGUAUACAUUUUUCUAUGACUUGUCACUAUUGUUAGAGACGUUAGAGUAUAUUGGAGUAUAUAUAUGUAUAUAUAUAUGUAUGUGUUAUUUUUACUAAAAAGCAUUUUAUCUAUUUUAAUAUACUAUGUUGGGAAUACUAAGAUAAAAAAUUAUUAAACUAAAACUUGGCUAAAUAGUGGAUACCAAAUUUUAAUUUUAUCAAAUAUGAAUCAACUCAAACGAUUGCGUCAAUCAGGGUCGAAAAAGAGCUUGGUAGAAAAAUAUGACGUUCCAAGUGAAAUUAUAACACAUUCCUUGAGCGAAAAAAAUAAUAAGAUAUACUCUUACCAUGAUGAUGAUGAUGUUCAUGAUAAUGAUCAUUCAUACGCCAAAGAUCCGAUGAUAAUUGAACGUGUUAAUGAUGAUUGUAUGGCUGAAAUAUUUAUGUAUGUGCCAGCAUGUGAAAGACCAAAAAUUGCAUUGGUAUGCAAAAAAUGGAGAAGAGUCCUUGAUGAUUCUUGGUUUAAUGUCAAAAAACUUGAACUAACUCAUUGGGAAUAUGACGAGAAUCCACAUUAUUUAAAGAGAAAUUAUCCAACAACCGAUGGACAAUUUAGUUUUUUGAAAUCAAUGCUUUAUAAAUGUGGUCGUUAUUUAAGAGAAUUAGACUUGUCAGUCUAUGCUCGUUGUAACAUAUUGCCAGUUAUUAAUGAAUAUUGUCUAAAUCUCGUAAAACUUCGAAUAAGAAUUAAUAAUAUUGAUGAUGCAAUAUUAGAUAAUGCAUUUUCACAUCUUUGUAAACUUCAAGUAUUGAAAAUUAUAUUUCAUGGUUGUUUUUAUGGUGAAUAUCCAUCAGUACCUACAACUUUAAUUAAUUCAUUGAUAAACGUUGCUGGUACAUUGACUGAUCUCAAUAUUUCAAAUUGGCCUGCAGUCCUUCUUGAAACGGCUCAUUUUCCAGAAGAAAUGACUAAUAUAUACUCUCACCAUGAUAAUGAUGUUCAUGAUAAUGAUCAUUCAUACGCCAAAGAUCCGAUGAUAAUUGAACGUGUUAAUGAUGAUUGUAUGGCUGAAAUAUUUAUGUAUGUGCCAGCAUGUGAAAGACCAAAAAUUGCAUUGGUAUGCAAAAAAUGGAGAAGAGUCCUUGAUAAUUCUUGGUUUAAUGUCAAAAAACUUGAACUAACUCAUUGGGAAUAUGACGAGAAUCCACAUUUUUUAAAGAGAAAUUAUCCAACAAUCGAUGGUCAAUUCAGUUUUUUGAAAUCACUGCUUCAUAAAUGUGGUCGUUUUUUAAGAGAAUUAGACUUGUCAGUCUAUGCUCAUUGUAACAUAUUGCCAGUUAUUAAUGAAUAUUGUCCGAAUCUCGUAAAACUUCGAAUAAGAAUUAAUAAUAUUGAUGAUGCAAUAUUAGAUAAUGCAUUUUCACAUCUUUGUAAACUUCAAGUAUUGAAAAUUAUAUUUCAUGGUUGUUUUUAUGGUAAAUAUCCAUCAGUACCUACAACUUUAAUUAAUUCAUUGUUAAACGUUGCUGAUACAUUGACUGAUCUCAAUAUUUCAAAUUGGCCUGCUGUCCUUCUUGGAAGCCCUCAUUUUCCAGAAGAAAUGACUAGUGUAAUUUCUCAACUAAAGGCCUUGAGAAAACUUGGAAUUUUUGGUAUAGAAUGUCCCAAAAGUUUAUGCGACUAUGUGAACAAUUCUAAAAUAAUAAGAAGCAAUAGUGACCACGCUUGUUACAUUGAAAUUAAAAGUAAAAUUGAUGUUAAGGAGCGCAUUGAUAAAAUCGAGGAAUUAUAUCUUCUUGCAUUGAAAAUUUCCGAUGAUUGUAUGUAUACUAUUGCUAAUACUAUGAAACAAUUACAAGUACUCUAUGUAUUAUGUCCAUUGCUAACCGAUACUGGUAUCGUUGCAUGUACAAAGAUGAAUAAUUUACAAUUUCUUCAUCUUGACGGCUCUAAUAAUGUCACUGACUCUUCAAUUAAAUUGCUCAAAAAUUUACAAUAUUUGAAGUUACCAUUCAGCAAUAAAAUUACUGAUGAAUCAGCCAUCAAAGUUCUUGAAAAUUCACCAAACAUGUUUGGUUAUUGCGUUAACGAAACAAAUAUAACUUAUAAAUUGAUCGAAAAAGCAGCAGAAAUACCAAGAAAUCGUGAAAAUCAAUUAACAGUAUAUACUACACUUAACCCUGAUUCAUCUAACACACAAAUCAAAUAUGAAUAUUUAACAGUUCAUUAUGCUGAAAAAGAGACCCAACCAAAUGAAAAUUAGAUAAAAUACUAAAUUGAUAAAAAGUGUUACCAAUAUAACAGUCUAGGAAAAAGGUUUAUAAUAUAUAAUAUAAUUUUCCCAAUGUAAUUUACAAACUUUUGAUUUUAUUUUUUAUUCGCAACAAUAAAAUGCA